CCGCAGGCGCGAGCCUAGACAGGCGGCGGCGGAGCGGUGCGGGUGCGGGCGCGCGCGCGGGCGCGGCGGCGGCCUUCGACCCGCGGCUGUGCAGCGGACACGGUGCGCACCACCUUCAGCCGCCCCGCACCGUCUCCAGGCGCCCUGUGAGCGGGGGAGACGCAGAGCCUGAGACCAUGCCUCAUGAAAAGAGUUUCCUGGUGUCUGGGGACAACUAUCCUCCCCCCAACCCUGGAUAUCCUGGGGGUCCCCAGCCCUCUAUGCCUCCGUACCCUGGGGUGCCAUACCCACAGCCACCUUUCCAAGCUUCUCCACAUGGCCAGCCAGGCUACCCCCAGGGCCCCAGCCCCUACCCUCAGGGGGGCUACCCUCAGGGCCCCUACCCUCAGGGCCCCUACCCUCAAGGGGGCUAUCCUCAGGGCCCCUACCCCCAGGGGGGUUACCCUCAGGGCCCCUACCCUCAAGGAGGUUACCCUCAAGGUCCCUAUCCUCAGAGUCCCUUUCCACCCAACCCCUAUGGACAACCACAGACCUUCCCGGAUCCUGACUCGCCUCAGCAUGGGAACUACCACGAGGAGGGGCCGCCCUCCUAUUACGACAACCAGGACUUCCCUGCCACCAACUGGGAUGACAAGAGCAUUCGUAGGGCCUUCAUCAGGAAGGUGUUCCUGGUAUUGACCCUCCAACUGUCAGUGACCUUGUCCACCGUGGCCGUGUUCACAUUUGUCAGGGAGGUGAAGGGCUUCGUCCGGCACAAUGUGUGGACCUAUUACGUGUCCUAUGCCACCUUCUUCAUUUCCCUCAUCGUCCUCAGCUGCUGCGGGGACUUCCGUAGGAAGCACCCUUGGAACCUGGUGGCACUGUCUAUUCUGACCCUCAGCCUGUCCUACAUGGUGGGCAUGAUCGCCAGCUUCUAUGACACUGAGGCUGUCAUCAUGGCCAUUGGCAUCACUACGGUGGUCUGCUUCACUGUGGUCAUCUUCUCCAUGCAGACACGCUAUGACUUUACCUCAUGCAUGGGCGUGCUGCUGGUGAGCAUGGUGGUGCUGCUGGUCUUCUCCAUCCUCUGCAUCUUCAUCCGGAACCGCAUCCUAGAGAUCGUCUACGCCUCCAUCGGGGCACUGCUCUUCACCUGCUUCCUAGCUGUGGACACCCAGCUGCUGCUGGGGAAUAAGCAGUUGUCUCUGAGCCCCGAGGAGUACGUGUUCGCUGCACUGAGCCUGUACACUGAUAUCAUCAACAUCUUCCUCUACAUCCUCACCAUCAUUGGACGCGCCAAGGAGUAGCCCCAGCUCCUCAGGGUAGCAGGACAGUGCCAACUGGACCUCCCUUCUCUGCUCCUUGGACCCAAUCCAAGACAGAGGGUACCCCUCCCUCCCUCUACCCCCUCCUGUGUGUACACUGCACAUACUUCUGUUUGGAACCAUUGUGGCCACAGCAUGGCCCCUUCUAGCCUGCCCUGCCCUGCCUGAGGGCAGCUGGGCUGGAUCUUGAACCCCUCUUGCCCACUCACUGUUGCAUGAGCCCCGUCUGCCCACCCGCCCCAGGGUCUGUGGCAACGCCAGGUCCCAGGCGCAGGGAAUGAGCCAAAAGGUGAGGGUGCACGUCUCCCCUCCUGUCCCAGCUCCCCCACCUGGCAUAGAGAAUCCCCGUUCCCUCCCCACCCCCCUGAAGUGCUGCCCCCCUGGACCUGAGGGGUGAGGCUCUGGGCCCAGUCCUGAGCCUCGGGGGUAGAGGAUGGAUGGCCCUAGGGGAGGAGGAGGCCUCCCUCUCCUUCUGAUAUUUUUAAACUUCUAAUAAAGGGGACCUCCUGUGC